AUGGCGGACGAGGUGGUCCUGCUGGAUUUCUGGCCCAGCAUGUUUGGGAUGAGGGUCAGGAUCGCGUUGGCUGAGAAGGGGAUCAAGUACCAGUACAAGGAGGAGGACCUGAGGCACAAGAGCGAGCUGCUUCUCAAGAUGAACCCGGUUCACAAGCAGAUCCCGGUUCUCAUCCACAGCGAGAGGAAGCAGUGCGUGUAUGGAGUUGGAAGGAAGUUGUGGGCCACAAAAGGAGAAGAGCAGGAGGCAGCAAAGAAGGAAUUCUUGGAAAUAUUUAAGACAUUGGAGAGUGAGCUUGGUGAAAAGCCUUACUUCGGCGGUGAAACAUUUGGGUUUGUUGACCUCUCAUUCGUCACAUUUUAUAGCUGGUUUUAUGUGUAUGAGACUUUUGGAAAGUUCAGCAUGGAGGCAGAGUUCCCCCAGAUUGUUGCAUGGGUUAAGAGGUGCAUGCAGAAGGAGAGUAUCGCCAACACUCUUCCUGACCAGAAGAAGAUUUAUGAGUUUGUCUUAGAGUUGAAGAAGAUCUUUGGUUUGGAGUAGAGUAAAUGGUCUUGUGAGAUUGUUUCGCGUCUGUGUCCCGAGUGUUAUGUCAAAAGAGCAUGUGUG